AUGCUCCUCAAAUUUUCAAAGUCGGAUAUCCUGAACUCAGCUCUCGUUUAUCCUGAGACCGGUGCUCUUGGAUAUACCAUCCUUACCAGGUCCCAUUUUAUUCGUGACAGUAAUAAGGAUUCAAACACAGAGAGCGAGGACGAAGAUGGGGAGAGUCGCAGGACGACUAUAUAUAACAAACUAGGGGAGGUCAUCGCUGAGAUCGGAUGGAAGGGCAAGCAGCCAAUAGAGAUUGUCAUCGGCAAGGAAAAAAUCAUCGGAGCGAAAGGGAUGUUUGGGUGCUCGAGUGCCAUACUAUCUCGCAAUGUCCUUGGCAUACCUACACGCUUCGACACAGAAUAUUUCUGGAUGGCAGCACCAGAUGCACUUACACUUCUUGACUAUGAUUCAAAUCAGACAAAAGGUUCCUUCCACGCCAAUAGUAUGCGCGUGGGCGAACGCUUCAUUGCUGCUCCCAUACCCAGCCUGGGACAUGACUAUCUAGAGUUUGAAACGCAUCCCCUCGCAUCAACAGAGGAACUCCUCGUUUCAUUCAUCUUGAUGGAAGAACUCCGCCGAAGUCGCUUCAAUCUCCAUACAGACUCAUCAGAUCGUUCGAAACUCUGGCGGAGCACACCGCUCGCCAAUUGGGGGCGACGAUUACGACGGAGAUCUAUUUGA